ACGCUGUUGCUGUGGCUCUUGCUGCUGCAAGUUGCGCCACAGUUUGGUAAUAAGCGUACCACCUGAGCAGCGGUGGUAGUAGCAAUAAGUGGUCAUGUCUUGUCGCAACACAGCGCCGAAGCAAUGAGCUUAGUCUUCGACGAGUUUGGCUCGAAAACGGUUGUCGACAGCGGUUCAAUCUGAAUUUAUUACGCACACUAUAGGUACUCCAGCAGAAGUACGUAACAUUUUCGGGCGUUCACUAUAUGCGUGGAAACUAAAGGAAAUUGUGAAAUCUGCAACACAUACACAGAAACCGCAUACACGAAUUAUUGUGAUUAAUUUUUUUCAUUCUUAAAAAACUUCACCUUGGAAAAAGAGACCGCCAGUACAUUUCCACGGUUCGUACGCGUUCGUGAUUUAGCUGUCGAAGUAAAAUUACCCAGUGUUUGUUUCGCAAUUCCUUUUUUUUUUUUUAAUAAAUAAUUUUGAUAAAAUUAUUAUAGCUUUUGUGUGGACCAGCAAUAAUUGUUUAGCAAAAAAAGCAAAUUAGAAAAAUAAAAAUAAAAUCAGCUUGGAUUGUUAUUGUGAAUUUGUGCGUAACACACAUGUGUAUUCUGUGUUACGAUUUGGGCUAAUUAUCCAUUUGCUGGCAAGUGGAGUUAGUAAACCUUGAAUGCGCGCACGCACGAAGAAACGCGAACGAAAAACUAUAACGCCCUUGAAAUUUUAGACCAAUUAAAAAAAAAAAAAUCAGAACAAAAAACAAGCUGAAACAGUAAAAUAUUGGAACCUCCGCGUAAUGUCCUUGCUGUUGUUAGGCUCCAAAAAAAAAAAUUAUUUGUUUUCCGCGAGUAAAUCUUCACGACAACAGUUGUAAAACUAAUAAGGAUUAUGCGACCCAAUGCCAAUAGCGGCUGUUGUACGCUAGAAAACGCUGCAAACACUGUGGCCCUACGGAGCUUGCCACCAUAUCCUUUAACACAGACUACCCAUUUACACUCUCAUCUACCUCCGCAUCCGCAUCAGCAACAAGCACAGCAACAACAAAAUCUCCAUCAUCAGCAACAGCAGCAGCAGCAGCACCACCAUCACAAUCACCAGCAGCAGCAACAACAUCGCUUUCACGCGCCGCCACAUCUCAUACAACAGCAACAAGCUUUCAAGUCGCCAGCUCCCAACCAUUGGUUAACUCAACAAAGCCUGUACAAUGCCACCGGACAUCCCCCAACUGCGCACAAAAAUAUUGCAAUUGGACGACAUCAGGUCCUGCCAUUGAGCCCAAGUCAGACCCAGCAGCAACUUCAGCUGCCACCAACAGCGUGCCCACACUCACACCCACAGCACCAAUAUCACCAGUACCUCAGUAGCCUGCAAACAUUGCACCAGCAGUCCACACAUGCCCCACACCAUUUUAAUGGUUAUGCCUCUGCGAGUCAAUCUCGCUCGGGUCCAACAUCGGAUCAGUCAAACUCUAACACUACUCCAACGGCAUCAACGCAUCCACACAAUUUUAGCAAGCUAUCCACUACGUCGGUGAUAAAUCCGCAGCGUAUUCACGAAUGUGCUGGCAUACCGCUCAUCUCCAACGCGAACCAACGGCAACGCGUUCAACGGAAACUAUCACGUUCACCCGUGCCUCAUCAAAAGCUGGCAACUGUUGGUGGCAUCGAACAGACGUACAAAUUGCACCAUCCCACAUUGUAUAUGACUCGUAACUCGAAUGCUGCCAGUUGUUCGCAGAUUUCCCAACUCGCUGCGCAUGCUCAAGGUGUGCCCUUGCUGCUCCACAAACAACAACAGCAAUUACAACAAAAUUCGGCACAAAAUUGGUCUAUACCAAAUAAUGGAUCCCAUGCCGUUCCCCCCGCUCCAUCUACAGGUAACGUAAAAUCAAAUGGUGACAAACUCACGCGCAGCACUCUUCGUUACCAACACUCUGCACCCGCCGCACUCAGUACACGUGGCAAGGAGAAUUCCACGACGCCGGCGACAGAAGAGAUACCAACUGCGUCUGAAACUCCCAAAGAAAACACCGACAGUGGAGAGACAGCACUACCGCGUAUAAUUAAACCACGUAAGCGGCGAAAGAAGGAUCGCAAACCGGCAACUAACGGUAUUUUCCUGAAAUUAGAUGCUAUUUCAAGUGCUACAGCCGCAGCGGAUAAGGAGUGUAAGUCGUCGCAAAUGAGUGGAUUAGGCAUGUCACAGAUGCUUUCCAGGCAGCACCAGCAAUUACAACAAAAAACAUAUUUGAAUCGGCCUGAAGACGUCAAUGAAAACGCCUUCAGCCCUAAAUUUAUCAACUUUUACAUUGGUCUCAAUCAACCAAUAAACACACAAGCUUUUACUUCAAACACGUCACAGCAGUACUGCAAGCCAAGAAGUCUGCUGAAAUCUACUUGCUUAAAAUCCAACAAUUAUCUGAACGACGUCAAAAUUACAAAAUCUGACGACACACCAGAUGAGCAUGGCAUUUGUUUCUGCAGUGGCUGUGAUCCGCUACGUUCGAUUUGGGACUAUCCGCUGAGGCGCUCUCUCUCCGACUCGUCAACCGCAUCGGCACGCACACAUUCCUCGUCAUCCACAUCUUCCUCAUCAUCGGCGUCGCCUUCACGUGUUUCCUCUGCGGAGGCGUCAUCGUCUUGCUGUUCGUCACAGCCGUUAAUAGACGGCACCAUGUCGCCUGCAGCCGCACUUUCGCGUGCAGAUCGCGUGGGUGUUAUUGGCUCCAAUCGCAAUGUGCCCGAUAACAAUCGGGAUGCUACGAAGCUCACCGAUACGUCAUGUAACGUACUCGGCGGCAAAACUGCUACGAAUGGCUGCCUGAGUGAUUCGAAUGACUCGGGUUACGGUGACAUACUGAGUGGCAUCAAUAUUGCUGAUGAUUUCUUCAGUCAGAGUGCAAUACAACAAACAUCUGCCGUACUAGCGCCACUUUUUGAAGCCACUAACAUGGGCUUGAGCGCAAGACCAACGUCGCCCAAUCGUUCGCUCCAAGCUGGUAGCGUCACACUACCGCCCUUACUGCCUGCAACCGCCGAUGCUUUGCUAACUGAGAGUAUUAACGAGAUUUCACGCAAACUCAUCGAAACUUGCGGCAGCGAGCUGUCUAACGAACUGACAGUGGAUGCGGCGACGCGUUCAACGAGCGCCUAUUCACGCUGCAGCAGUGAUUUCUCCACGGAUAGCGGCAUCGAUAGUGCUGCCAUUGUGAAUUGUGACGAGUUGGUCUUCAAGUUUGACAAUUUGAAUUUUAUGAUCGAUCCAAUUGCGAAAUGUUCCAUAAAUGACGACAACAACAACACUACUAACAGUGUUAAUAAAAAUGUAAUUGCAGCAAACAUUGGAUCGGUAAUGGUAACAACAGCACCAACAACAACCUCGGCAACCAGCAACGAUGAACGGUUUAUUCUGAAUGCAGCAAAUAUGAAUCUCCUCUUCGAUGUUAAUAAUAACAACAAUAAUAUAAGCAUCUUCGAGUUUGAAAGCGAAAACGAGCGACAACAGUACAAAAAUCAACAAUCAUUAAACGAAAAACAACAACAACAACACAAUCAACAAUUCAUCAAUAAUUGUUUUGAUUUAGUGUGGCCGACAACAUUUGAACGAUGCAUACGAGAGACGGCAACAAAAAUACUAGAUUUGGAUGUGAAUAAGCAAUUAAGCGCAUUAUCUUUCACAGAGAUCGCUUAGAUGCUGUUUAGCUGUGUAAAUCGUUUAAUUAAUUCAUUAUUUUUCGCGCAUAAUAAAGAUAAGAAGUUUAAAUACGGAAGCCAAAAGUGAUAUGUUGCAAGAGUUCAUAACUUCCUCAAGAAGUGGGAUAAUAAGUUCCUGCCAAUUAUUCAAAAUCAUUUAUAGUGAAUAACAGUUCCCUUCCUCUGAAUGCGAUCAAUCACUAACACAAACGUGCACUAAAGACAAAUCAAACACCUCAAUUUCGUUUGGAUUCGCUUCAAACGGAUCCGGCCCAUUGGCAGUGGAUUACGCAACAUCAUUAUUGACCGAGUGAAAACUAUUGCGUGGCUUAAGGGCCUGCCAGAGGUCGGCAACGCAACAAGCGGCCAACAAAACUAAGCGAUAUACACAAACAAAGAAUUGUGAAAAAAAUAACAAUGCGAUGAAAGCGAAUUGUCUUAACAAAAACCAACACACAAGCUCACGCUCAAAGAGCAAAAAAAUACACAGCUGGAUUUGGUGUAUCGUCUUUGCAUAUUUUUCUUACAAUUUCGAGAUCGUUUUUUCCUGUUUCCGCUUGUGUUGUUGGUCGAAUCAGAGAAACAAAAAAAAAGAACAGACGGCAACAACAAUGUUGGUUACAAAACCAGCCGGUGUUGCUGCAAAAGCGGCUGCGGCACAAGCUUAACACCGCCGCGACAAAAGCGUCCAGCGCAUUAGUGAAACAGCGAAGACGAAAAAUGAACAAAUGAAAUAAUGAUAAUAUAACACAUAAAAAUAUUUACAUAUAUAUAAAAAAAAACGAAAUUACAAAGCAACUAAUGCGCAUAUUGUAUGUAAUAACACAAACAAAAACAAUAGCAAAAACACUGCUAAAGAGAAAAGCACAAACAAACAUAUCUAUAAUUGCGGCUAAAAGGUGUAUAAGGCACCCGAGCGAUCGGGCACUACAGUCGGCCGCAACCAUAACCCGACAACACCAAUAGCAAAAGUAAAAUACAAAAGCAAAAACCAAAACAACAAUAAAAGAUAAAAACAAACAAUUGAAAUCCAAACAGUCAAGCCAGACUGACUUGGCUGUAGGCCGUAACAGAAAGGCAGAGCAAAGCUGAAACUUUCACUUUCUCUGCACUCACUAAACCACAACAGCUACAACAGAUCAGCUGCGCGCACAAACCACCGGGCGAACGUACGAAUGUCCGUACAUCCGUCCGUCCGCUCAAGCAAGCAGCUAUUGCACCGUGGCGUCACGACAUGCAAAUUUAUGAACCAAGCUCUAAGCUAGACGACGUGCAGCACCAACUUGAGCACUCCAUGCAGUUGAAUGGAGUUAUGUGGCAUGCCAUGGCUUGACAUGCAAACGCUUAUGGCCACGAGUGACUGGCGAACGUCGCGUAAUUAGACAUUGUGUACGUUUUAUUGUGUAUUUGAUUCUGUGUUUGCUGGUUGGUGUCUCUCUGUGGCUGUGAACCUUUCUAGUGGGUGUGCUGCAGUGAUCGCGAAUUAGAGAUUCGUCUGCACACUUGCUUGGUGGCCAACCACUGAGGAGACUUCAAAGUUGAUGCAAACCUUAAAAGGUUCUACAACGUAGGCCUCGACUUUUACACAUACAUACAUACCCAUUAAGUUUUAUAUAUUCAUAUUUGUAUGUUCUUAACUUUUGUAUUUAUUGCAUCUUUAGAAAUCGUAAAUUUUAACUGUUAUUUCUUCAACAUUGUUAUUUGUGCAUAAAGCGUCACACACACGGCAAUUUGAGAAGUUGGUUAAGGUUUAGAUUUAAGUAUAAAAAUUAUAAAAGAAAGUUAAAUAUAUAUUAUAUAACGUGUUUAUAUGCAUACGGGUAGUUUAGUAUUCAUAAUUCCAUCAUAAACAUAUUUCGAAGAAAGUAUUUUUAAAGUUAUCAAUCACUGCCGUAAUUAGUAUAUCACAUUUUAUAAAGUUACAAUUUUUGCUAAGUGCAUAGAAUACAUUUUCUAUUUUAGCUUAAGUCUAUGCGCAUAGUGCAGCGAAUGUUGCGGUUAGUCGCAAAUUUGUUUGGUUAAACUUAGCGGAGCGUACAAAAGUAUUAGUGAAAGCAAGAAGCAGAAAAAGUUGCAAAGCUUUAGUUAGCAUGCGUGGUCGUAUUACAUAAUAUACUUUCACUACUUUGUGGUUUACCCUUAACGCCGCUUUGCAUUUUUUCUUUUUACUAUAUGCUUAGCCUAAAUAAGCUUAAGCGGUUAGGUCUAAUUUUUGAAAUAAUGAAACAUAUAAUUGCUUAACUUAGAAGUAUAGUAGGUUUGUGACUACAGUGUGGUUAUAAAAUGAUAUGCGUGAGAUAUCGCCCUACACUUCCUAUAAGUUGUCCCAAAGCAAUUUAGUCUGUAUAUCUGUGGUUUCGUUAAUAACGUAUUAAAAGUUCGCAAUUGUUUUCUAUAUUUUUCUCUAAAACUUACAUAACGUGUCAUGGAGCCUCUAUACUUUUUGGAUGAACAUAUGAAAACUUCAUUAGCUUUCAUUAGCUUCAACUUAUAAUACCAAAUAUUUUUCAGUUUCCUUACUAUAACACAUACAUAUAUAUUUAUAUGUAGGCCACAAGACAUAACCUAUAAAGCACUUAAUUCAGGGUAGUAAAUUUAGUCGAAAUGCAAACGUUUAAAGCAACAAACGCUGAUUCAACAUACUAAAAUCAAGACUAAAGCGUUUUCUUCAAAAUUUAAAGAAGUAAAAAAAAAUAAAAAUUGAGCUGUUCUACCACACCACCCACCAAGCGUAUCAAAUAAAAAACCCUAAAUUGCCAAAUAGAAACUAACGCUAUUAGUUAGCGCACAGCUUAACAAGGUUAAUCUUUUCGCAACUUUUCGUUUCACCGAGAGUAGUUAAAAAACUCCAGUCCUUCAUACAAUCUCCGCUUUUUAAUUUAUUUAAGUAAAAUUUCCCACAUAAUUUAUGUUUAUUUCUUUUUUCUUACCCUGCCUUUGCAAUAAUAUAAUUUUUUCGUACAUUUUCCCUUCCUUUCACAAUGGCUGCUUGCCGAGUACUUAUUAAUAAUAAAUAAUAAGAGCGCUGGCUAGAGAAACUGCCUAGUUUUCCAAGUUAAAUACUGCAUCCGCCGCUUUGGUGAAAAUGAAUGUUGUUUAUUGCAGCAACUUCAGCUCUGCUGGUUUUUGUUGUGCGCGUGCGUGUAUGUAUGUAUGUGAUAGUGUUGAUUGCGCCUUGCGCUCCAUCAACGGGUCCAAUCUGCAUUUGCACCAUCACCAAGCGCAGUUAUUGUCUUUAUGAAUUAAAAAAAAAACGAACACACCAUAUACCCAUCUUACAGUUACUGCGACACAAUACAGGUGAAACAAAGCCGAGAUUUCUAUUUUAUUCAAUAUCAAUAGACCAAAACAGCAGAGUAUGCAGCGAAUUAGUGAAACCGACCGACUGACUAUACAGCACGCAUCCGCGCUUUUGUCUCGGCGCCAUCCACUUUUACAGUUAUUAGUUGGUAGUUGGUGAAUUAAACAAAGCAACAGCCAGCAACUCAUCUCAGACUUGGGUGAAGAUCCGCGAAAUCGACUGCUAACUUAUGAGCUCCUGCAUGCAUAUGCUUGUGUGUGCGAAUCAUUUGAUAUUUUCUUUGCAAAAAAAAAUUUUGGUAAAAAUGUCACAACUUGAGUUGUAGAUGCUGAUUGCUUUCUUUGUUGGAUAAUAAUUUUAGUAUUUUUAGCGUUAACUCAACGAAUUGAAAAUAUGUACUGGAAAUAUUUGAUUUCACACAUUCAUUACAAAGUUUAUCAACUUCCACUUUCAAUAUUUUAUCAUACAUUAAAAAAAAAACAUUUUUUAUGCUAAUUUGUAAAAAAAAAAAUC